AUGUCCGACGACUGGGAAUCGCAAACCAAGAUUGGUAGCCGCGUUCGUGGCCCCGGUGCUGGCGCUCGCGAGACCGUCGUCCGCGGCAAGGCCGCCCUCAACGCCGCUGCGCGAUCCGGCGCUGCCAUCAGCACUGAAAAGAAGUACUCGUCCGCCAACUCAAGGGAAAACCCCGCCACCCACCUGCGCGUGACACCAUUUGCCGCAACGGUGGCCAAAUGCCCGUGCCUUUGCUCGUCUGCCACAGACGAUGUGACCGGCACCGGCGAAGGCCAGCGCCUCACCAAGGUCGACCGCUCCGACGACAUUGUCAAGCCCAACACCAUCGGCAAGACGGUCGGCGACGUCAUCUCCCAGGCCCGCCAGAAGAUGGAGCCCAAGAUGACCCAAAAGGACCUCGCCACCAAGUGCAACACCACCCAGACCGUUGUCGCCGACUUUGAGCGCGGCACCGCCGCCCCCGACCAAAAGGUCCUCGCCAACAUGGAGCGCAUCCUCAACGUCAAGCUGCGCGGCAGCGACAUUGGCACUCCCAAGUUUGCCAAGAAGAAAUAA